GUUUGUUCUCAAGUGAAGCACUUACUGCUGUAUCAUCUUCGUUCACAAUGAAAUCUCAGCGAAUGCUGAGUAGUACUGGGGAUGGAGAUGGAAUCGUAUCGUUAUAUCAAUCUGUGACAAAAUUCUACCAAUUUUGGCCAAGGGCAAUGGGACACCUAGAUGUAAUCUGGAAAAGGAGCAUAUAUAAAUUAUAUGCAUUUGGAAAAUAGUCCUGGCUGAUCGUCUGGCUGCCCAGUCUUACUGUUCCUAAGCUUUUGUAGUUGGAUCAGUACAUAAAAGUGACUUGGUUUGAACCACAGAUCCUUUUUAUGUUCGUCUUUGGCUUGAGCAGAUUGUAGUCUUUCUUUGCUGAUAGUGCUAACCUUAUUUACCAACUCUUGAUCCUGUUUAAGAUUUUCUUGGUACUAUUUAAGUGACUAGGAGAUAAAGCAUAUUAUUCUCUUACAGCUUGCUCCAUGCCCCUUGUGCAGGGCAGAAUUAUAGCAAGUGGUUGAUACCCUUGUCAGGGACCAAGGAAAACAGAAGUUCAGUUUCGUCCUUCACCACAGACACUUGAUUAUAAGGCUGAGCUAAACUCCUGCCACAACUAAUGGUUUGUUCCUUUGGGUCUAAACUCUGUUGACACUAUUAAAUCAGGAAGAAAAUACUGAGUUUUAAGGGUCAAGAUAGAAAAACUCAGAUUAAUUUGCCUGAGUGGGAGUGUCUUGAGAAACUUGCUCACAAAUCACUUGUACAUACUUCAGUUGAUUACAUCAUAAAUCUGACCUUGCUGUACUGCAUUUAAAAAUAAACAUACAAGUUUCUGCUUUUAGGUUGAAAUACCAAAGUUAAGUCACAAAAGUAUCAGUAAAUUUAGGUUCCACUUGAUGAUUCAGAGCUGUUUUGGUGGUGUCCUCAUGUGUUCUGGGAUAGAGUAGAAAAGCCAAUUACUGAACUUAAUCAUUGUCUUUUUGUGAUAGCCCCAAUGCUAAUGACAGAUGCUGCAUUAAGCAUAUUGGAUGAAUCAAAACAUUUUUGUGUACCUGAUCUAUUUUUCAGGAGACUUAAUCAUUGCUGACAGAUGGCUCUUGUCAUAAAAUGGUUUGAUUUGUUAGAAAAGACUAAAAAGAUUGAAUUCAAGAAGUCAUUGUAAUGAGAUAUAACUCUAUUGUCAAAGUUAAUAUGUGAAAGUGAUAAAUGAAGGAGGCAUUAAUAUUACAGAGAGGCCAUUACAUUAAUGGGAAUAGUGUGCAGUUCUUUGGAGGCAUUGGAAAGGCUUUUACCCAGUGUAUAAAGUUAAGUAAUGAAGGUAAUACCUUGAAGAUCAAGAAAGCCCCAGCAAAGCAUCCAGGAUAAAAUAGAAAUGUUUUGAUUUGUUGAAAAGUUCCAGCAGGAUAUAGCCUUGAAGCCAGGCUGUACCUUUCAGGUGAGUCUCCUGCAGCAAGAAGAAAAUGCAGAUGUUGUUUUUUGGUUCAUUUGGAGAUUUUUGUGAGGGAAGGGCAUUUUUUUUUUUUUUCCUUAUCAGCUGAGCAGAGAGACUGGUAAUCAUGGAGAAAGAAUGUGAUGAAAAUGUUAAACUUAUAUUGGACAGUUCUAUGAAGUUAGAAAAUUCCAGAAGUAGCAGGACUCUCAACCUUGUAAUGAUGAGCCUCCAGAUGACAUGUCUUCUCUGGAGGUUUGGCUUAAAGCUGGAAUUGGCAUUUUUUACUCCUCCCACUGGAAAACAUCGUUAUAAUAAAUGGUGAUAACCAUACAGUUCCUGUACUCCCUCUUCUAUUACAGUUGUAUAGUGAGUCAGACAUAAAAAUAAGAAGUACUUGCACAACAGUCCUAAACUAUACAAAUUGCUAAGAAUAUUUGGGCUGUUGGAGCAGCAAAACUGUUAAGCUUAAAUUUGUCCAGGGAAGUAGAAACAACAUUCAACCUCAGCCAUCUGGCAGCCAGUGCUCUCAGGGUGCAACUCUUUCAACUUCUUCUGGAAAAAGCAGUGUACAGCUGAAAAUGGUGAUUCUGUAGGCUGCUUUUGUUAAUAAUUUCCUAACAACCGAGCUGUUAUGUCAGUAGUAAUCUCUGCAUGAUGUCUCACCUUCUCUGUGGAGGUUUGCACUGUGGAAUAUGCUGGCUGGCUGCUCUCCGAGCAUGCUGUUCUCCCUGGUGCCUGCCCAUUAAAAUGGGGGCUGCUGUUUUAAGGUGCUCCAGCUUCUCUUGCCUUUUAGGCAAAGUAUUCAUUGUUUUCAGAAACUUGAGGUUCACCUCCAGUGUUUUCUCUUCCACUGCUGUAAUAUAUUAGCACUGGCAGUAUACCAUAGAGCAGUCUAUCCACUGUACAUCUAAGUAACUGCACUUCAGGCCAUCUAUUCAAAUGGCACGUUGCCAAGUCAGUCUGGUUAGGCUUGUCAAGGAUACAAAUGCCAAGCAGUAAGGAAUUUGGGAUAAUGAACCCAGUCUGCCUAACACCAGAUGCGAUGUGUGGCCUUUAUUGCAAAUUUAUUCUGUUUUCAUUUGCUUAACCUUUGUGUUGCCAUUUUUGCUUAUGCCAGAAAACAGUCUCUGAACAUGGAAAACCUCAAAAUUCAAUCACUUGGAAACUGCCGCUCAGAUGAAUAGUGAUGCAGGAAGCAUGUCAAGAAAGAGUAGCAAAGCACUUGGAUAAUCAUUGUCUGCUGGGAAUAUCAGGCCUUGAGAUAACUGGAUCAUGAAAUGCCAGAAAGUAUCAGCUGGAUUAGAGUGUGAUAUUAGUUACUUUGUUGGCACUUGGUCAAACAAACUGUUCAGACCGGCUACCCUGGAAGUCCCCUAAGAAAUCGUAAUAUGGCAGAUGCUGAUUUUAAUACUUAAGGUUUUUUAUCCUUUCAUCAGCUUUUGUCUGCAUUUUUAAAAUUAAUCAGUCUUGCUGAAGAAGUCACUUAAUCCUCAGUUGGGAAUUAGCUAGAGGUGCCAGGAAGCAGUAAUAAGGCUGUAGGAAAAUGGACGAGGAGGUAGAAAUUGGACUGUGUAUGGAAUGGUUGUGCUGUACUAUUUGGUGUGGCCUUUCAUAAAGUGUAUGUUUGAUCUUAAAUUUUACUCACUUAGCUCCUGGUCUGAACCAUGGCUACAGAAUGGAACAAAGUGAGUGUUUUGCACAGACUUUACACCACUAAAAAUUUUGGGAAAUGUCAAAAUGUGAAGAAAAACAUUGGCUCACCAUUCUCAAGUUAGUUUGGCCACUCUUCACCUAGUAUUAAAUGAUGUGUAUGUGGUUAUAAAAGUAUUUUUAAUUGAUUGUUUCCAGACAUACUCAGUUUCAAGAGCAUGGAAAAAGAUUGGAAAUUAAAAUGGAAAGAUUGGAAAUUUGCCUGCUUCCUACCAGGAGAAAUCUGCCUAAUCAGAAGGAGGAAGGGGAGUGCUUCUGUAAAGAUGCUGCUUUAUGGUCAGCUUUAUGGACACAUGCAGUUCUAGAGGAGUGCAGAAACUUGAGCAAUAGUUAAGAGAGGAAAUGAGAGCAUGCUGCUCUAGCAUCAUACUACUGCUGACUUUAAAAUGUAUUUAUCUCCCUCCCCACAAUAAUUAGGACUCUGCUUUAGGGAAACUUCUUUUGUUUCUCCUUAACCAAUUGUAUUUUAUUAUAUGUUGAAUGCAGCUGAACUGGUACUUGAAUAACGAAUCAGAUCAUGCUGGUACUGGUACAAAGGGCAGUAAUUUGACACGUUGACCAUAUUGUUUAAUACAUGGACAUUGCUUGUUUCUUUUGGCCCCUAACCUUUCUAAUUGCACAGAUCAGCAGAGGAUUAUGGUAAGUAUGCUAAUUUGCCAGUUUUGUCUCGACUACAGAUCAACUCACAUAGAACAAAAAUAUGUUUGGAUCCAGGAGAGGAAGAAGGAUUGUAUGUCUUCUGUAGUCCAUGAAGGCAAACACUAAUUUUCAGAAAAAUGAGUGGUGGGUUGGCACCAAGCAAAAGCACAGUGUAUGUGUCCAAUUUACCCUUUGCUUUGACUAACAAUGAUCUGUACAGGAUAUUUUCAAAGUAUGGGAAAGUCGUCAAAGUUACCAUUAUGAAAGACAAAGACACCAGAAAGAGCAAAGGAGUUGCCUUUAUUUUGUUUUUGGAUAAAGAAUCUGCACAGAACUGUUCUCGGGCACUUAAUAACAAACAGUUGUUUGGAAGAGUAAUAAAAGCAAGUAUUGCCAUAGAUAAUGGAAGAGCAGCAGAAUUCAUUCGCAGGCGUAACUACUUUGACAAGUCUAAGUGUUACGAAUGUGGGGAAGCAGGACACUUAAGUUAUGCUUGUCCUAAAAAUAUGCUAGGGGAGCGGGAACCACCAAAAAAAAAAGAAAAGAAGAAGAGAAAGAAAAUAGUGGAGCCAGAAGAAAUUGAGGGGGAAGAAGAAAGUGAAGAGGAAGGAGAAGACCCUGCUCUAGAUAGCCUCAGCCAAGCCAUAGCUUUUCAGCAAGCCAAAAUUGAGGAAGAACAACAAAGAUGGACACAGACUGCAGGGGAAUCUUCAAUUUCAGAUGAUUCAAAACGUCCCCGGAUUAAGAAAAGUGCUUAUUUCAGUGAUGAGGAAGAACUUAGUGACUGAAAUAAUACUGUUCUAAAUGCAUAGAUAAGAUAUAUAUAGUGUACAUUUUGUAAAGUGCUCAAAGUGAUCUGUAAUACAGGUUUGGUUUAGUGUUGGAAGACACUGAAAAUCAUGUUGUUGUUGUGGUUUUUUUUAUUCUGUCCCUUGACUCUUCCCAUCUUUUUAUAUCUGCGUCUCAAAACCUUACCUUUCAAGGCAACUUUUUAAGAAAAUGAUGUGAUUAUACCCUUAAAUCCAGAACAGUAUCUGUGAGAAUGCAUCUUGCAGUUAGUAUCUAGACCCAAGUCCUAGCAGUGACAUGUUUCAUGAGAGAAUUUCCCAAGGCUUUUUUCCUAAGAGGAGUUCCUCUUAGGAUGACUGCUAUCACCACUGAUGCUUUAUGUAUUAGUCUGUUUGGAAACAGCACUUUAGUAGUACUUAAGUAGAAUAUGAAACUUGCAUUAGUUGAAUUUCAGCUUUAAGCAUUGUCUUUUUACUCUUCAUGCAGUACUAUAAUAAAUUGUCACAUCAA